AUGUACGGCGCUAGAGCUUCUUCCUGUUUCAAGUGUGGUCAACAAGGCCACGUCGCUGCUGCUUGUCCAGCUCAAGACCCAACCUGUUACAACUGUGGACAGGCCGGUCACUUGAGCAGAGACUGCCCUCAACCUAAGAACAAAGCUUGUUACACCUGUGGACAAGAAGGACACGUCUCCUCUGCCUGUCCCUCUGGACCCGCUGCCGGUGGUUUCGGUGGAAACGCCGGUGGUGCUGGUGGUGAAUGUUACCGAUGUGGUAAACCAGGACACAUUGCCCGAAUGUGCCCCGAAUCAGGUGCCGGUGGAUACCAACAAGGUGGUUACGGUGGAUACGGUGGUGGAUACAACACCAAAUCCUGUUACACUUGCGGUGGUGUAGGACACAUCUCUAGAGAAUGCCCUUCAUCAGGUAACAGAGGUUUCGGUGGUGCUUUCCAACAAAGAGGUCCCCAAAAAUGUUACAACUGUGGUCAAGAAGGUCACAUCUCAAGAGAAUGUCCCCAAGAACAAGGUAAAACUUGUUACUCAUGCGGUCAAACCGGCCACAUCGCCUCUGCCUGCCCUAACGGAGGCGCUGGUGAACCCUCCGCUUAA